AUGAGUACUUGGUGGAACAAACAAUCCCAAGAGCCGAACCGAUUCCAAGGGCAACAAUCCCACGAGUGGCCACGACAGCUCCAAGAUCAGCAAUCCCACGAGUGGCCACGACAGCUCCAAGAUCAGCAAUCCCACGAUUGGCCACGACAGCUCCAAGAUCAGCAACAAGUAACCUUAAGUGCUUAUGAUAGGAAAACUAUUCACGAUAUGCUUUUUAUGACGAUGGAAUGGUUGGAAAAGUGUAUCGAAAUAGCUGGUUAUUACCCAGAUUGGAGGCAAAGAAAACAAAUUCAUAAUACUAAUAUCAAAAGACAAGAUAUUGACUGCCUAGGCAAAGCCGAAAAAGGUCUCUCAAAUAAAUUAGUUGUAUUCGUUAGAUCAAUAGGAGGUACCGUACCUCCUUUUCUUAAUGAAGAAUUAAAAGAACAAUUUUAUAAGUGGAUUUAUGCUACAGGGAUUAAUGCUGAGAACUGCCCAAAAAGGCUAGCCUUCUUUUUACUUGGAGUUCAUGAAAUAUUGGAAGGCAAAGAUGCAAAAAUUGAACAAGAUUCUGAUAAUAAAAAAAGAAGUUUAGAUUCCGAAUCUUACGAGUAUGGCAGGGAACUUAAUAGGGUAUUUGCCCAUAUCCAGGCUCCAUUGCAAGAAGAAAGAAAUACCGCGUUCUCACUCGAAGGUAAAAAGUGGAAUAAUAUUAAUAUUGAAAAUCAUUUUGAAGGUGAUGCGUAUCGAGGCAAGGCUACUUUUGAGCGAAUUGUAAAAAAUAUUUCUGCUUACGAGUACCAAAAUUUUCAUUUCUUUCCUCAAAAAUCUUCUAAUUCAAUGCACAUGGAUCUUAUUUAA